CUCAAAAUGUUGCUUAUUCUAUAAAUCCUAAUAUUUCAGAUGACUUUAGCAUUAGAAACUACAAUAGAAAUUUCAGAAAAUGUAAAAAAUUGGUCAGAUAUACAAUUAAGUUCUCCAAACAAUACUUAUAUUUUAAAGAUUGGUAAUACUGCAAAUUUUCUAUAUUAUGCAAUAAAUGUUGAGUUACAUAAGUAAGAUGAUACAUUUUCUUUGCAUUAUGGUAUUGGUAAGACUCCUAGAUUUAAUUUAAAUUUAUCUGAAAUAUCAGAUGUAGAAGGAUUUGAUAUUUAUGGGUAUUUCAACAUUAAAUAAUUGUUAGAUAUCUAGAAAAUAGAUUUGUUCAUUUUAUUUUACUGUAAAGUUAAGAUUUCAAUUAAUAAUAAGUAUACAUUUCUACUUCUUCAGAAUGGACUUAAAACUACAAUAUUACAGUUACUGGCACUAACUAUAAAAUGUGCCCAAAUAACUGUAGCAACCAAGGCAUUUGCUAGGUAUUAAUUAAACUAAUUUUUAGGACGGAAAAUGUUUAUGUAACAAAUACUAUAUAGGAAAUGAUUGUCAUUAAAAUGCAACUUAUAUUGAAUAAAAUAAAGAAAUAUUUCUUAGUUUAGAGAAUACUAUAAAGUAUGCUUAUGUAGAUUUGGAACAAAGCCAAAACUAAUCAAUGAGUUUAAUAGUUAAAGUAUACAAAAUAAUUAAAUUUAGACUAACAGUUCUGAAGGAGUGGAUAUAUACAUUAUGAAAACUAGGAUUCUGUAUAUUCCUGUUUUAGAAGAUUUAAAUAGAAAGUAUUAUGAUUUAUUGGUAGAAGGCAAUGAAGUAGCAUAGAAUUAUCCAAUAGAAUUUGAAUUAUAAGACAAAAAUGAUAGUAGUACUUAAGUUCAAAAAAGAAUUAGGUUUAUAUUCAAAUAAAAGUCUCCUGUUGAAUAAAAUAUACUAAUAUCAUUAGAUCUUAUUAAUCUAUAAACAUAAAAUACAAUCUCAACUAAUACAGUAAUUGUAAUUGUUGCUUCGAUUGCUGGAAUUAUUAUUAUUUUAAGUAUUUCAUUUGCCAUUGGUAAAUACUAUAGAAAUAAGAAAAUUAAAGAAACUUUAUCUGCCUUAGCUCAGGUAAGAUAAAUGCAACAUGAAAAAAAAUAUUGUGCAAAAAGUUUUGAUGAAUAAAUUCUAGAGUAAUUACCUUAGAUUUAAAAUGAUCAAUAAAAAAAUACUGAUGUUUGUCCAAUUUGUUUAGAUCUUUAUAUAAAUAAACCAGAUCUUAGAUCUACUAAAUGCAAGUAUUUUAUUAAACUAUUUUAAAGACAUUUAUUUCAUAAAGAAUGUAUACUUACUUGGAUAUAUAUUAAUAAAAAUUGUCCAACAUGUAGGUCUGAUUUAAAAAUACAUAUGAAUCAUCCAAAUAACUAAUAACAUUCAUGA